UCUCGCUUCGACGCGCGCCGCCGUCUCGUCCAUCACGCCGCACCUCCUCGACGCUCGCCAUCCCCAACAGCGCACCGGGCCGUACCUCUUCACACAGCGCACGCACCCUUCUGCGCCCCAUGUACCAGCCCAGCGGCGGCGCCCAGCCGCGCGGCCAGCAGCGCCAGUUCUCGUCGCGCUCGCCGCCACCGCUGCAGCAUCCCGUGCCCACGCACCCGCCGUUCCAGGUGCCCGACCCGCCCGUCACGCCCGGCCCCGCGCCGCACGGCGCCGCCAGCAGCAGCGGCGGCUCGAGCAGCGGCGGCUAUGCGCGCUACGCCUCGCCGCCGCCGGCGCAGCCGCAGCACGCGCAGCACAUGCCGCCGCACCAGCAGUACGCGCAGCCGCAGCAGCAGCACUACGACUACUCGGCGCCGCACCAGGCGCACGCGCAGAUGCACCACGGCCAGCAAGGGCAGCAGCCGGCCUUUCCCGCCUUCCCGACGUUCGCGGCCUUUGGGCCCGGGCCGCAGGGACAGGGCCAGCAGGGACAGCAGGGCAUGCAGAUGCCCAUGCUCAACGACGCCACCGCACAGAUGGGCAUGCAGUUCGGCAAGCAGAUGGGCGCGGCGGGCCAGGAGUACGUGCGCAGGAACUUCGGCUCGCUGCUGCCGCUGCCGCUGCUCAAGCACUACUUCAACGUGUCGAACUCGUACGUGCUGCACAAGCUGCGCCUCGUCCUCUUUCCCUGGCGGCAUCGGCCCUGGUCGCGCGCCCACGCCGCUGCUGCUGCCGGUGCGGGAGGCGCCUAUGAUGCGGGCGCGCCGGGCAAGAGCGACGGGUAUGCGCCGCCGCGCGAGGACGUCAACAGCCCGGACCUGUACAUCCCAGUCAUGGCGUUUGUGACCUACGUGCUGCUGGUGUGCGUCAUUCGCGGCCUCUCGUCGCGCUUCCAUCCCGAGGUGCUGGGCGUGACGGGCACGCGGGCGCUGCUCAUCGUCUUCCUCGAGUUCGCGCUCGUGAAGCUGGGCUGCUACCUGCUCAACAUUCAGGGCGACCACACCGUCGUCGACCUCGUCGCCUACGGCGGCUACAAGUUCGUCGGCGCAAUUGUGACGCUGGCCGUGGGCAUGUGUGGCGUGGGCCGCCUGCUGUACUGGGGCACGUUUGCCUACACGUGCGCUGCCAACGCCUUCUUCCUGCUACGCUCGCUGCGCUAUGUCGUGCUGCCCGACCCGUCAAACCCGUCGUCGGUGACGAUCACGCAAGCACAGCGCUCGCGCCGCAUUCAGUUCCUCUUCAGCAUCGCCAUGGCGCAGACGCUCUUCUGCUUCCUGCUCAUCAUCGGCAUCUGGAAAUGAGGAGGGCGAAGCGUCUGGCUGGCCCGGCUGCGCGGCAAUGCACAAUCAUUAGAUCAC